AGGGUGGCGCCAACCCGGACAGGAAGAUCACGUCAGUGACUCAACCCACUCGAGUGACGCACCCCUCCUAGGGACGGCAUGGAAGAGCACCAGUAAGCCACAAUGGCCCAGCUGUUUCACCGGAAGUGUAAAUGUGAAGCAUCCGGUUGGAGUUUCCUCUCCCAGACAAAUAUGGUGGGGAUAGGAAGCUCAGUAGCUGGCAGUGGGAGAUAAGGAGCGAGAUGGAACUGGACAUUCUGCUGAUUAAACAGUCAAUCUCAAUACAGUUUUCUGUUCCCAAGACUACAAUAUGUUACCAACAGACUCAGUGGACUAAGUUUAGUAGACUUUACCCUUUGUCAAAGUUUUUUUUAAAUUGUGUUGUUUAGAAGGGAAAAAUUAGUUAUUGCCCACGCACACUACACAGAGUAGGCGUUCCCUAACAUAAUAUGCAGGAUAACACAAGAACUAGCUUAGGUAGCUUGCUAGGCCUCUCUAGCUAUAGGCCUAAACUAUUGAACGCAUGAUGAUGAUAACUAGCAUAGGGUAACGUAGUGUCUAAUGCUAAAUUGUCACACAUUCUUCUUCUCUACCGCAGAUUUUCACAUGGUCGCAGACUCUAGGACAAGAAAGAAACAAAGGACGAUAGAGACAGAGUUGUUGAUUUCCAUUGUUUCUUGUAAUAUUAAAAAGAGGAGAAAAAGACAAUCCAAUUUUUCUAAAUUAGCUAUCUGGCUACUCACGAUUCUAUAGGCUACAUAUUUGAUUCACCACUAGAAUAGCUAUUUUGAUGUUAUAUAUUGGUUUAAUCUAAUUAAUCAAAUCAUUAAUCUAACAAUAAAAAUGUAACAAACAAUAAAACAAUUUCUUUUUGCAAGAAAUGUUAGGUAUUUUUUACAUGUUGCAAUAAAGUUGACUAAAGAAGAAGCUCAUCUAUUGUUUGUAUGUAUUUUCACUUGGUAAUGAAUAGUAGGCCUAAGUAAUUAUAGAAAAGGCCAUAUCCUGUGUAACUCAUAGUAAUUACAUUGUACUUAUGCAGAUAUUACAUGUACUCUGUGGUGUACUAGUGUGUUUAAAGGAAGUGUUACCGUAAAUGUAUUCAGUUGUUGUUUUUUUCGCUUAAGUAUGUAAUUAUUUAGAUCAGACAGAACAUGUGAUAUAAAUCUAGUAUGAGCGCCACCUGCAAAUUCACUUCAAAGCUUUGCCUCCAUCUAGUGGAGAUAAGGGAAUAUUUGAGUAGUGAAUUAUGAGAAACUAAACUGAGAAACCGAACGUGUUGUGACUUGAUGGUAGGUGAUGGAUUUCCAUAAUGGGCUCACACUGAUAAAGCUACUCACAUCAAUGCGAACGCACGCGACCUCCACUUGGGUUUUGAUCAGUGACGUCACAAAGGCAAUUGCCAUAGAAAUAUCAUUCUAGUGAAAUAAAAUUCUAGAGUUCUAGUGACAUGAACUGUAUUCUAAAAUAGGUAUAUCGAUCACUUUUCUAACAUACGCAGAUCUUGUUAUCUGUAGGCUGUUGUGGAUUCGUAUAGUUUAAGUAUAUUUUUAGGUCCUUGGAUCAACAACUGGAGAAAUUCAAGAGAUCCCAUGAGUAAUAAUUAUAAAUUAUGAGAUUAAGAUGAUGUUCUCUUGUUUUUAGCUUUUCUCGCAAAUUACUUUUCUUUUUAAAAAUCCAGUUGCCUAUAUGACUGAUACAAACCCUCAAGUCCCAGGGCUGGAGGACCAGCAUAGAACAUCUUCCUCCAGUUCCUCUGGCUGUAGGGAGACAAGUCAGGCUGCAGUGGCCUCUGGAUCCAGAGUCAGUGGAGAGCAGCGUCCUCAGAAACCAAGCAAACAGCGCUCCCAACAGGGCUUCAGUGUACUACAGAAACUGUCUACGGAAGAACAGAGGAUCGCGAAUGAAUGUCUACAUGGUGUGAUUAGUUUGGAGGAACUCAGUCACGCCUCGGAUGGCAUCAUCGACUGGGUGUUGACCGUCACCACUGAAGUUCUCCUCCCUUCCAUCUCCCUGUGCAAAGCUCUGAGAAGCAGAUCCACCUCCAGAUCCUCUAGGACCUCCUCCAGCACUAAGCAGGAUCCACAGAGAAGGACCCCAUCAGAGGCCUCGCUGCUACAGGCCCCAUCAACAUCAACAUCAUCAACACCUCCACACUCUGGUGCCUCCCCAGAGAGACUGAGAAUCAUCCGCAAAAUGUCCAGCUUCCUCACAGGCCAGGGUGAAGCUAAUGGUCGCCUUCUGGAGAGACAGCCCCUUGGAUCCCUUUUAGGUGGAGAGGUGAGGACGGAUGCUGAGUUAGAACACAUGGCUAGCAGGGUAUUGGCUGUGGUUCUACAGGGGGUCUGGACUAUGACAUCAGAAGACACCAGCGACCCUGAGAUGGGGGCUCUUCUCUCAGGCAUUCUCAAGAACAUCCCCAUGGUGUUGAAUUCUGCUGUAGCUGCAGCUAGAGAAAGCUCUGAAAGUCAGAGUCUCUUGGAGAUGGUUGACAUUGGACAGAGAAUCAACCCAGGGUCUUUCCUCUCAGACGAGCACAUCAGCCGUAUUUGCUCAGACAUGGUGACCAGCGCGUACAGCACCGCCAGGUUCUCUGUGUUGGAGGACAAAUCUCUAGGCUUCACUGAUGACAGAACCCUGUCUCCUCCAUCACCGCUGUGUCAGAAGUCCCAGUGCUGCCUGACGGCUGGGGAAGAGACAGGCAGGGCUCCCUCUCUCUCAUGUUCCUCACACUGCAGCCAGACGUCAGGGCAAAGUACUGCCUCCUCCUCCUCUGGUCGUCAGAGUCCAGACGAGUUCUUCACUCCAGAGGUGAAGCAGAGGAUUAUCAUGGCUGUGGAGGAGAUCAUCACAGAGGGCAGUGAGGACGAAGCCUCUGGAUCCACUGAGCUGUGUGAAGCUGUGUCACUAGGCUCUCGCCGCACCACUCCCACUACCAGCCUGGCAGCCAGCAACAUUUUGUCUGUUGUUCUGCACAGCCUAAAGGACACUAUUGGUGCUGUUCUGUCCAAAGAGGUCGCCAGGCCAGAGUUGGAAAAGGCUAUCAGCCAAAGCCUGGUCAACUCUGUGAUGGUGACCCUGAAAAGUCUGCUGAUGCUAGAUGCCCAGUUUCCUGUGGUGCAGGGGGACAACUCAACCCUGAAGACCACAGAGCAGAUCCCACAUGGAACCAUGGAGACCCCAGAGCUGAUCCCAGCUGUAACCAUGGAGAGCUCAGAGCUGAUCCCAGCUGUAACCAGGGAGACCUCAGAGCUGAUCCCAGACAGAACAAUGGAGACUCCAGGGUGUUCCUCAGACAUAGCUGUGGAUAAGAACCACAUCUCCCUCCAAGAUGAGGACAUGGCUUAUGAGGCCAACAUCACCGCCAACUCUAUAUUUUCCUCCAUCGUGGAUCUGGUGAAUCCCAAAAUGGACAGAAGGUCCACCUCAUCCAGUGGGGGCUCUCAGUAUACAUGCCCCAUGCGUGCCUUCCUGGACUCCAAGGACCUAGCAGGGUUCCUUCGGAGUCCUAACCUCCGCCGCUUCUCUCAGCAACUGAUCUGGCACGUGGCGCAACUGAUCCUGGAGUCUAAAAUGGCGAAGACGAAGUCUGUGAGAAAGUGUUUUUCAUACACGACAGUUGACAACCGGAGUGGAGGCCUUGACUUGUCCACAGAGUUCCCUAAUGAGCUCCUCUACAGCUUUGUGGAGGGGGCGGUCAAGAACCUUCUGGAGACCUUCCUGAGUGUUCCACACAGCCCUCCUGUGGAAUCCUUCAUGGAGGAUUACAGCUGCAUGGAAGAGAGGAACUGGGUGGUCUCUCCCACCCUCUCUCGAAGCAGUAGUGCAUGCCUGGAGAAUGAUAAUGACUCCACAAUCACACAACAGUCAGGUGAAGUGGGCAUCAUCAAGCCCAGCUCUAGGAAAACCAUCAAUGCUCUUCUAUCUGACAUGCUCAUUGACAGUGUCAGAGAACUUCUCCAAGAGUGUCGUGAUGAGGGUGAGCUUGAUCAGACUGCUGCCAGAGUGGACGAACGUCUCCAAGAGGCGUGUGAUGAUGACGAGGUUGAACAUACUUCAAACAACGCUUGCAUGAUGCCGGCCAUGAUGUCAAAGACUUCGUCCAAGUAUUGUCUUGAAGCUGAGGCCACUAAUAGUGAUGUCACUGGCUGUGAGAAGAACCCUGACUCCCUUUGGAUGACAGGGGAACUGGACGAGUGCAGAGCUGAAUCAGUGGACUCAGCCGACACAGAGCACAGCACCUCAUCCUUCAGGCAGUCAAUUCCCAGCCAGACUUCCUUCAAGGCAUCAGAUGCCUCCUCACUGGCCUCACUGGAGACUGUAAACCUCAGCUCUGCUAACAAUGCUGCAUUAACAGCUGACCGUCAGAACAUGGCCGUAACUCAGAGCAGGACAGGGGCAGCAGGUCACAAAGGCUGGUACUGCAUCCCCUGCUGCCACACUGCUGAGGGGACUCCCAUUGAGCAGCCUAAGGUGCCUACAACUCUAUCGAAGACAGCGAAGUUUCAGAACAAACGCCAGAAGAAAUCAUCCAAGCCUUGUAAAGGAAAGAAAUUCAAUAAUUCAGUGGCACCCCUGCAUGUUUCAGCUGCUGCAGAGAAACCCAAGAAACCCUCGUUUGGCUCCUGCUUGUCCGCUGCCUUCGUCAGGUUCUUUUUUGGAUGCUGUGGUAUGAAGAAGAAGAUCAGACAGUAGAGAAUCAUAUCAGCCACAAAGGUUAACACCAGACAUAUUUCAACGCUGGGUUUAAAUAGUAAAACCCACAUAAAUAAAUAUACAAACAUAAUUGCACUCAAGUUCAAACAUACCACAGCUUUUCCUUUAUUGAUCGUCUCCCGACAAAGUCCACCACAUCUACAUCAGAUCUUUCACAAACAAGCAACAAACAGGUAAUAAUUAUG